UGGAAGUCGUACUUUCCACGUAGUUCAUCAGGACACGCUCAGCUGAUAUUAUCACGACAUCAAUACUACUGCAAAAUGGCUGCUCCAACUCGGUCCAGAAGAGUUGUUGAAUUAAAAUGUGCAGUGCAGUGUUAUGCCUGGGGUAAGAUUGGUUUAAACAGCACAGUUGCACAGCUUGCUCUGAAUAGUCCAUCAUUUCAUCUUGAAGAGGAUAAACCAUAUUCUGAGUUUUGGAUGGGAACACAUCCAAAUGGACCAUCAAAAGUGUUAAAGGAAGGAAAGGAAUCACUGUUAUCUGAUUGGAUAGAGUCAAACAAAGAUGUCUUAGGAAACAAAGUUAAGGAGAUAUUUGGUGGCAAAUUACCCUUCUUGUUCAAAGUACUAUCAGUUAACAAGGCUUUAUCAAUUCAAGCUCACCCAAACAAACCUCAUGCAGAAUUGCUUCAUGACAAAAGGCCAGAUGUAUAUAAGGAUCCUAAUCACAAACCAGAGAUGGCCAUCGCACUGACACCAUUUGAAGGCCUGUGUGGUUUUCGUCCUCUGGAUGAGAUCCAGAAGUUUGUAAAGAUCAUACCUGAACUUGCUGCUGUCAUUGGACAGGAAGCUACCACUGCUUUAGUCACUGACUCAGACCCUCAUGCACUAAAGAAAGCUUUCACCGCCCUCAUGACAAGUAGCCAAGAUGCUGUAAGUGAGCAGCUAGGUAAACUAUUGUUAAGACUUCAGGAGAAGAAAACCUCAGGCCAUGACAUCUCCAACCAGUGCAGUGAGCUACUAUUCAGAUUGAACAGCCAGUUUCCUGGAGAUGUUGGUUGUUUUUGCAUUUAUUUCCUUAAUCACAUUGUUCUUCAACCUGGGCAAGCAAUGUUCCUUGGUCCUAACCUGCCUCAUGCAUAUCUAGCUGGUGACUGUAUGGAGUGUAUGGCAUGCAGUGAUAAUGUUGUACGAGCUGGACUGACACCAAAGUUUAAGGAUGUUGAGACACUCUGUGAGAUGUUAGAGUACAAUUGUGGUUCUAAGGAAGAGAACAUUUUCCCAUGUCGUCAAGAUCCAAGUGAUUCGCAUGUCACAAUCUAUGAUCCUCCUGUCUCAGACUUUACUGUUUCAAGAAUUAAGAUACCAGCAAGUUGUCCUUCAUACAAGUUCAAAGCUCUAAGUGGACCUAGUAUUUGUGUGGUGAUAUCUGGUUCUGGUGCUGUAGAAGAUACUGCUUCAAAGAUUUGCUUGAAUCGAGGAACUGUACUUUUUAUUCCUGCAAACACCACCUUUGAUGUAACAUGUAAAGAAGAAGACAUGGAAAUAUACCGUGCUUAUUGCGUGUUGUAAUAUCAA